CUCAGCCACGACCAGUCAAGGCAAACAGGCCAGGGCCAGGGCAGACAAGAGGACAGACAAGAGAACAGAUAUCUGCAGCCUGUGGCCACCCAUCACCCUCCCACCCACCAUGGACAUGCCCUGGCCCCUCGGGUGGAUUCUGCUUCUGUUGGGAAGCCCCCUCACCCACGCUGAGCCUCUCUACAUCCUGGUGACCCCCCGAGUCCUGAGGGUUGGCAGUCCGGAGAGGAUUCACAUUCAGGCCCACUCGGACUCCAGACAGCCCCUCACAAGGACCCUCGAGGUGAACCUCACGGUAUGGGACUUCCCCAUGAGGAAGGCAGUGUUGGCAAGGAGCCAGCUCAUUCUCUCGCCAGGAAACAACUUUAUGGACCAGGCACCUGUGACGGUUCCCGAGAGCCUGGUGUACCCCCCAAAACCAGGACAGCAAUAUGCCAUCAUCCGGGCAACUUGGGCACCCUCCUCGGACUCCUCAUUCAUGGAGAAGAUAGUGCUGGUGGCUCCUCAUGCUGGCUACAUCUUUAUCCAGACAGACAAGACCAUCUACACCCCUGAGCACUUGGUUCACUACCGGGUGUUCACUGUUAACCACAAGAUGGACCCUGUGACCAGGACAUUCACUCUGGACAUCAAGAACCCAGAGGGAAUCACCGUGAUUAGCCAGAGUCUGAUAGCCAAGGACGGCUUCUUUUUCAGCUCCUUUCACCUCCCAGAGCUUGUCAGUUUGGGGACCUGGACCAUCGAAGCCAGCUACCAAAGUACACCCAAGCAGAAGUUCAAGGCUGCCUUUGAUGUGAAGGAAUAUGUCCUCCCAUCUUUUGAGGUCCAGCUGGUCCCAAACAAGACUUUCUUCUAUCUCAAGGAUGAGGUUCUGGGCAUUGACAUCCACGCUCGGUAUAUAUUUAACAAGCCGGUGGACGGACAUGCUCUGGUCAUCUUUGGGGUGAAACUGGACUCCCGCCGGAUCCCUAUCCAAAGCUCCCUGCAGAGGGUGGAGAUCUCGGAAGGCCUGGGCCACGUCUCCCUCCGGAAGGAUAUACUGAUGGCUGCAUUCCAAGGCCCAGAAAAGGACUUCAUUGGAGGAUCAAUCUUUGUCAAUGUCACCGUGUUCUCAUCAGGGGGUGAGAUGGUGCAAGCCGAGACCUCAGGGGUGAAGAUUGUCCAGAGCCCAUACAACAUCAAGUUCACCAGGACACCCCAGUAUUUCAAGCCAGGAAUGCCCUUCCACUUUCGGGUCUUCGUCUCAAAUCCUGAUGGAUCCCCAGCUGACAGAGUCCUUGUCCAGUCCCAAAACUACAAAGUGUGCACCUCAACUGAGGGACUGGCCACUCUGACCAUCAACACAGAUGCAAAUCUGGACAAGCUCCCCAUCGAGGUGAAAACUGAGGAAUCUCUUCAGCCAGAGGAGCAGGCUUCAGCCAAGAUGACAGCUUGGCCUUACUUGACUCAAGAUGGGUCAGGAAACUUCCUGCACAUCGAAGUAAAGACAUUGGGCACAGAGGUUGGCAGCAGCAUCCAGCUGAGCCUCAAUACAAAGCAUCAGGACCCUAAAACCAAGGACCGGAUUACUCACUUCACCAUCCUGGUCCUGAGUAAGGGCCAGAUUGUGAGUGCCAAACAUCAGUCAAAAAGCCAGGGGAGUGUCUACACGUCAGCCAUUAUUGAUGUGACUUCAGCGAUGCUGCCCUCCUUCCGCAUUCUGGCAUUUUAUUUACUUCCCAGAGGAGUGAGCCAGGAUCCUGAGUUGGUGGCUGAUUCCAUAUGGAUUGAUGUGAAUGACAGAUGCAUAGGGACGCUGAAAGUUGGCUUGAAGAAUGAUAGAUUCUUCCCUUCUUUGGAGCCCAACAGCCAAGUGGAACUGAAGGUGACAGGUGAUGCAGAAGCCACAGUGGGGCUGGUGGCUGUGGACAAGGCUGUCUAUGUUUUGAACAGCAAACACAAGCUCACUCAGAAGAAGGUCUGGGAUGUGGUGGAGGAACAUGACAUUGGCUGCACAGCAGGAAGUGGAAAAGACAGAUUUGCUGUGUUCAAGGAUGCUGGAUUGGACCUGAAAAUGAGCACAGGAAUGGAUAGCCUGGCAAGCACAGACUGGCCCUGCCCCCAGGACCCUCCUCCUAGCCGCCAUCGCCGCUCCCUGAAGAGGCUGGAGACAAAGAGGAAUGCAGUGAACAAGUUUAAGACAGAGCUGGAGCAAAAGUGCUGUGAGGCUGGGCUCCGGGAAAGCCCAGUGGAGCUGUCCUGUGAGGAGAGGACCUGGCAUGUCCGCCAUGGUCCAGCCUGUGUGGCUGCUUUCCUGGACUGCUGCCAUCUGUCUGAGACCCUGACUCGGGAAGCUCGAGAGGAUCAGCUGCGUCUGGGGACAAUGGAUGAAGAGGAGGACUUCGACGACCUCUUCCUGGAUGACAUGCCGGCGCGGACCUUGUUCCCUGAGAGUUGGCUCUGGAGGAAGUUCACUCUGCCGAAGAGUGAAUCGGGCAUCUCCCAUUACCCCAUCUCUGUGAACGUGCCGGAUUCCAUCACCACAUGGCAGUUUGUGGCGGUCAGCCUCAAGGCUGGACAAGGUCUCUGUGUCUCGGACCCCUUUGAGCUGACAGUUAUGAAAUCGUUCUUUGUGGACCUUAAGUUGCCCUCCUCCGUGGUCAGGAAUGAGCAGGUCCAGAUCCAAGCUGUGCUGUACAAUUUCAGGGAUCGCCAGGCCAAGGUCCGAGUGGAGUUCCCCCACAAGGAGCCACUGUGCAGUGCGUCAAAGCCAGGAGCACCAUCCCGCCAGGUGGUGGUCGUGCCCCCCACCUCCUCCAAGAUAGUACCCUUUGUGCUUCUCCCUCUGGAGAUAGGCAAAGUGGACGUGGAGGUCAAGGCUGUGGGCUACGGGGUCCAGGACCACGUGAAGAAGACACUUUUGGUCCGGGCAGGGGGUCAGAUCCAGCAAACGUCCUACAGCAUCGUCUUGGAACCCCAAGGUCAGACCCAGACAAAACUGGUGCCAAGACAGGAGCUCUUGAACAUGGUACCCGACACGGAGGCGGAAGUGUUUAUCAGUGUUCAAGGUGACAUCCUUGGUGAGACAAUUGUGGGCAGCCUGACACCCAAUGAGAUUUGGCAUCUGCUGCGGGUCCCCACGGGCUGCCCUGAGCAGACGCUGAGCUCCCUGACACCUGUCAUCAUCCUGUCCCGCUAUUUGGAUGCCACCGGCCAGUGGGGCAAGGUCGGGGUGGAGCACAGGGACCAGGUGAUGAAGAAUAUUGUCAGCGGCUACACUCGGAUGCUGACCCACCGGAGUUCAGACGGCACCUACCACACCUCCAAGGGGAGCCCAGGAAGCACCUGGCUCACAAGCUAUGUGUUCCGUGUCUUUGCCCUGGCCUACUCUACAAUGACGACCCAAGUGCUUAGCCUGUCCUCUCUCUGUGACAUGGCCAACUGGAUCAUCACCAACAGGCAGGCGGAGGACGGGCACUUCCUGGAGGAGGGUCCCGUGGUCAUGACAUCCAUGCAGGGUGGCUACCAAGGCUCCGAGGAGGAUGUAUCCCUCACAGCUCUCGUCCUGAUAGCCCUGAAUGAGGGAAAGGAGUUGUGCAACCAGAAGAAUUUGAUGGCCAGCAUCGAGAGAGCCCGUGGCUUCCUGGAGAGAAAACUUCCUGACAUUCAGACAACCUUUGCCAUAGCCAUAACCUCCUACGCACUGGCCCUUGCCAACAGCUCCCAAGCCAACGACCGCCUGGACAGCUUUGCUAGCCCUAACAAAACCCACUGGCCGGUGGAUGAGCAGAACCUCGGCUCCCUGUACACCAUUGAGGCCACAGCCUACGCGCUCAUGCAGAAGCUGGAGAUGCGCCGGUACAAUGAGACGCACGCCAUCGCCAAGUGGCUACUAGAGAAGCGGGAGCUGGGAGGAGGCUUCGGGUCCACCCAGACCACGGUGGUGGCCCUUGAAGCUCUGACCCGCUUCCGCGAAGAUGUCCCCUUCCAGGGCGUCCAGGAUCUCCACGUCCAGGUCAGCGCCCCCAAGAAAGCCCUGAAUGUGAAUUGGCACAUUGAUCACAACAAUGCCUACCAACAGCGGUCAGCAAAGUUCCUUGCCCAGGAUGACCUAGAGAUCAAAGCCAGUGGCAACGGGAGAGGCACCAUCUCGAUCCUGACCAUGUACCACAAGUCCCCAGAGUCCUGGGAGGACAACUGCAACCUGUACCACCUGAAUGUGACUCUCCACAGUGUCUUAGAAGAAAAUAAAAAGGGAGACGAGACCUUUCGGCUCAGGAUGGAAACAAGGUUCCAGAACAAUCGAGAGGCCACAAUGACCAUCAUGGAGGUCUCCCUGCUCACUGGCUUCUACCCCAACCAGGAUGACCUCAAACAGCUCACGAGUGAUGUGGAGAGGUACGCCUUUCAGUACGAAACCAAGACAAGUACUAGCGACAGCACCGUUGUCCUCUACCUGGAAAAGCUCUCCCAUGAGAAAAACACAGUGCUGGGCUUUCGUGUUCACAGGAUGCUGCAGGCGGAGUUCCUGCAGGCCGCCCUGGUCACUAUCUACGACUACUACGAGCCUUCCCGGAGGUGCAGCACUUUCUACAACCUGCCUACAGAGCAAUCUUCCCUGCGAAAGAUCUGCCACAAAGACGUCUGCAGAUGUGCAGAGGGACAGUGCCCAUCCCUGCAGAAGCCCAGUGGCCAAUUGAGGCAGGAGGAGCUCCAGACAACAGCAUGUGAGGCAGGCGUGGAUUUUGUGUACAAGACAAAGCUGGAAUCUGUGGAGGUCUCUGCCUCCAACCCUUACGUCUAUUACAACAUGCAGCUCGAAGACAUCAUUAAGAGUGGCACAGAUCCUGCCACACCCCUUGCCAUGAAGAAAUUCAUCUCCCACGCCACCUGCCACGACUCCCUGGGGUUGCAAGAACAGGAAUCGUACCUUAUCAUGGGCCAGACGUCAGACCUGUGGAGAAUCAAAUCUGAUUACAGCUACGUUCUGGGCAGGGAGACGUUCCUCAUGCUUUGGCCAGCAGAUGGAGAUGCCAGCAAGAAAGAAUUGCGGAAGCAACUGGACGAAUUUUCGGAAUAUAUGCGCACCCAUGGCUGCGAGUCCUGAGCCUCCUCAGCUUUCAGGGAGGUGACACCAGGCAGCUCUGGGCCACUGGGUUUAACCCCAAAUAAAGAGCACAAGAUAUCACACCCAAACCCUGGACACUUGUCCCUGUUGCACCUUUCACCAGGGGACCUGCACAACCUGCUCUGGCAUGACGUGGACCUGUCUCCUCCCUCCUCCCCCGCUACUUGGGUGGCUGAGGUGGGAGGCUCACUCGAGCCCAGGAGUUGGAGGCUGUAGUGAGCUAUGCUCACUACAUUUGGCUCCGUUCUGACCACACUGGCCUCCUUUGUAUCCUUCCAGCAUCCACCUCCGCGGGAAGAUGAUUCCCAGCUCUGGGCUUUUGCACCCACCAUCCCUCUCCCAGGUGCACCCCUCCCCCUAAAGUCGGCUUAGCUUGAAUCGUUCCCUUUUCUGGGCUCUGUUUAAUUGUCACCUCUGGCAUGGUGGCUCAUGCCUGUAAUCCCAGCACUUUGGGAGGCCAAGGUGGGUGGAUGUUAAGUGGGUGUUUUCCCUGCCCCACAAUGUCAGCUCCUUAAAGUUGGGGUUGUAUCUGUCUUAUUCGCUGUGGUAUUCCCUGUUUUUACAGCAGGAGCUGGAACUCAGUAGGUGCUCAGGAAAUGAGUGUUGACUCAGUGAAUAGACGGAUGGAUGAAUGAGUCAGUGAAUAAAUGGAUGGCUGAGUUUGAUGCCCACA